AUGGCCCUGAAGGAGGGCGGCGGCCCCGGCGGGACCCCCACCCCCAUCAACCCCGCCACCAUCCUCCCCAUCAGCGAGAUGAUCUCGGGGUGCCCCGCGGGGGCCGCGCCGCCGGGCUGCGCCUUCCCCGAGGUGGUGGAGCUGAACGUGGGCGGCCAGGUGUACGUGACCCGGCACUCCACCUUGCUGAGCGUGGCCGAGAGCACCUUGGCGCAGAUGUUCUCCCCGUCGCGGCUGAGCGGCGGGUGCCGGGAGCUGCCGCGGGACAGCCGCGCCCGCUUCUUCAUCGACCGCGACGGCUUCCUCUUCAGGUACGUCCUGGAUUACCUGCGGGACAAGCAGCUGGCCCUGCCCGAGCACUUCCCGGAGAAGGAGCGGCUGCUCCGCGAGGCCGAGCACUUCCAGCUGCCCGACCUGGCUAAGCUGCUCUCCCCCAAGGUGCCCAAGCAGGGCUCGCUUAACGACGAAGGCUGCCAGAGCGACCUGGAGGAGAGCGCCUCGCCCGGCAGCGGGGACUUGUUGCCGGUGGCUCCGCCGUCCCGGGCCGGGGAGAGGCGCUCGGGCUUCCUCACCGUCGGCUACCGGGGCUCCUACACGUCGGUGCGGGACAACCAGGCGGACGCCAAGUUCCGACGGGUGGCGCGCAUCAUGGUCUGCGGCCGCAUCGCCCUGGCCAAGGAGGUCUUCGGCGAGACGCUGAACGAGAGCCGCGACCCCGACCGGCCGCCCGAGAAAUACACGGCCCGCUUCUACCUGAAAUACACCUACCUGGAGCAAGCCUUCGACCGGCUGGCCGAGGCCGGCUUCCACAUGGUGGCUUGCAACUCCACGGGCACCGCCGCCUUCGUCAACCAGUACAGGGAGGAUAAGAUCUGGAGUAGCUACACCGAGUACAUCUUCUACCGGCCACCCCAGAGAACGGUGUCACCCAAGCAAGAGGAUGAAGAUCGGAAACCCGAAAAGGGGACGGGCCCCGGGAGCGAGAGCGGGACAUCCUGCAACGAAUUGUCCACCUCCAGUUGCGAGAGCCACUCCGAAGCCAGCACCCCUCAAGAGAACGCCACGAGCGCUCAGCAGCCCACGAGCCACGAGUCCAACACUCUGACGUUGGACCGCCCAUCGAAGAAAGCUCCGGUCCAAAAAAUGCCCCCACCGGAGAAACGUCGUAACAGCGAACUUUUCCAGACUCUGAUGAGUAAGUCCAGAGAAACCAACCUCUCCAAGAAAAAGGUUUCGGAGAAGGUCAGCGUCGAGGAAGAGAUGAAAAAGUGCAUUCAGGAUUUUAAAAACAUUCACAUCCCUGACGAUUUUCCAGAAAGGAAACGCCCGUGGCAAUCUGAACUGUUGCAAAAAUACGGGCUAUAGUUGUCCACACACACACACACCCUCACCGUCCCGAUUAUCGAAUCUCAUGUCCCUGGUGAUUUAAGUGUCUAAUUCCAUUUGCCGGUUACUUGUGGAUUUACUCCUUGGAGCUCUGCGGCUUCUUUCUUCUUUUCGUGAACUGGAUGUUGGAUAGGACAUGGGUUGACUGUUUUCUUCUCUUUUUUUUUAAAGGAUAUACGAUUAAGGAAAACCUAGAUCCUUUUAUA